AUGGAGGUAAACGGUACGCCAGAGGAGCGCAUCCAGAUGUUUCUCGAAUUCACCUCGAAAAACAACACAAACUGGCAGAGCCGCAUCUCGCCGCACGUCGAGCUCGUGUCGGUCCGCCCCGACGGGCCGCACCCGGGCGUCACCUUCUCCUUCACCGUAGACGAGUGCCACAACAACGCGAGCGGCAACAUGCACGGCGGCGCCAUCGCCACCCUCUUUGACUGGGCCACGAGCAUGCCCCUCGCCCUCGUCUGCAAGCCCGGCUUCUGGAGCUUCAUGGGUGUCAGCCGCAACCUCGACGUCUCCUACCUGCGGCCCGCCCCCGUCGGCACCGAGUGCCUCGUCGAGUGCGACAUUGUCUCCGUCGGCCGCAACAUGGCCAUGCUCCGCGGCACCCUCCGCCGCAAGUCGGACGGCGUCAUCCUCGCCACCUGCAGCCACGACAAGGUCAACACCGACCCGCCAGUCUCCAAAUUAUAA